UAUUGAUAUACAUUUAUAUAUAUAUAUAUAUUCAACUUCAAACUUAAUCAGCUGACUGUUGUUACGUGUCCUUUAUUUCUUUAUCUGUAUGAUAGUCUGAAUAACUUCACUAAUUAUAUCUAUUAUCACUAUUAUGAUCUCCAUUCUUUUGACGAUGAUACCGGAGGACUAACUGAUGAAAGGAUCAAUUCCAUUCACAGUAGUAACAGUCCUAACACACCACAUAUAAUUAAUCCCAGCACUACUCAUUUUGGAGUCAAACAAAGCUACGACAGUCGAGUGGGGCGGGACGAGCUACUCAGAGGUUUACUGAAGAUCACGAACCUAUACCUCACAAUCAAGAGGCGAUCACAAGGAAAUCAAAUUGGUUUAUACUAGCUCGUAAAAACGAUAUUGGAUAUAUUGGAUUCGAAUUACAUAAAUCAGACAAUUAUUGUAUGCUGGAUUUGUAUUUUAAUUAUCUUUUACGAUAUUAAUUCUUGGUUUAGUCAUUACUUCAGUUUCCGUUUUUAGACAUCCUACUGUUUAUUUUCGGUUUUUUAAUCUAGAAAUUCAGAUAUCUUCCAAAAUGUUUCGAGUUACCAAAGCCUCUCACAAUCAAAGUUUACCUGUUUAUCCUAUGGAUGAGUUGUUAAAAGCACGUAGUGAGUUUAGAUAUCGGUGGAGAAGACGAAUGACCGAAAAUCCCUUGGCCAGAUUAAUCAUUACUGAUCAUUACAGAUACCCGCCUAAUAUAAUCUUGAAAAACUGGGAGAAAUAUCCGUUUGAUGAGACUGGUGAUGAGUCAGACAAGCGUCAGUUCCUUUCAACUAUGAGUGAUAAAAUGAGAAAUAGAAUAAUAAUGUUGAAGUCACAACCUUAUAUACCUUCUGAAAUUUAUGAUAAUAUGAUAUCUGAGGAAGAUUUUCAGCAUGUUUGUUCACUACUAUCAAAUGAGGUGUGCAUCACAGAGAACUAUUUUCAAUCGAUAAGUCAAAAUCAAUGCAUUUCAGCAUGUUAUUUUAUAUGUGAUAAUUGUGAUUUUCUUGGGACCAAUGAAGACGCAGUGGAACACUUGAAACAAACCGGUCAUUCGACGUGUAGUAAAUACUCACCAAUUUAUUAUGUAGAUGACUCUGGUGCUACUAAACCUUGUGAACUAAAAGAACCACGGGUCAUCAUUUAUCAACCUGAUCGAAUUUAUGGUUGGAGUAUUGGUGAUUCAGUGAUAUGUUGUCCUACUUGA